AUGGCUGGAGGCGGGAUGGGCCAGGCGAUGGGGGGCUACUACGGCGCGGCGUACGGCCCCCUGGGGGCGAGCAUGGCGGCGGCCGCAGCCGCAGCGGCCCAGCAGAACGCCAUCUCAGCCGCGCUCACGCCCAACGCACAGGUACGUAGCGACGGCAAGUUAGAGCACCCAAACAGACCGACAGCAAAAAAGAUGACGAGG